UUUUCUUCGGUGAAAGACGCGACGGGAAGUCAACGGCGGGGGUGGGGUGGGGGGCGAAACGGGGCUCCCGGCGGGCGCCCAGCGAGCUAUGGCGAUCCUGUUUGCGGUUGUAGCCAGGGGCUCCACCAUCCUGGCCAAGCAUGCAUGGUGUGGAGGGAAUUUCCUGGAGGUUACAGAGCAGAUCCUGGCCAAGAUACCUUCAGAAAACAACAAGCUCACCUACUCGCACGGAAAUUACCUGUUCCACUAUAUCUGUCAGGACCGGAUCAUAUACCUUUGCAUCACAGAUGACAACUUCGAGCGUUCUCGGGCUUUCACAUUUCUGAACGAAAUCAAGAAGAGGUUUCAGACCACCUAUGGAUCUCGAGCACAGACUGCCCUGCCCUACGCCAUGAACAGCGAGUUUUCCAGUGUUUUGGCAGCGCAGCUGAAAUAUCACUCUGAGAACAAAGGCCCUGACCAGAUCGUAGAGACCCAGGCUCAGGUGGACGAACUCAAAGGGAUCAUGGUCCGUAAUAUAGAUCUCGUAGCUCAAAGAGGAGAAAAGCUGGAACUGCUGAUAGACAAAACGGAAAAUCUUGUGGAUUCGUCCGUCACUUUCAAAACAACCAGUAGGAACUUGGCCCGAGCAAUGUGCAUGAAGAACCUCAAGCUCACCAUCAUAGUUGCCAUCGUAUCCAUAGUCAUCAUUUACAUCAUUGUGUCGGCUGCCUGUGGGGGCCUCUCCUGGCCAAGCUGCGUGUAGAAAUAGCCGCCUGAGCCAAUCUACCCCCCAUUGAAAGCACACGCGUGCACAGGAAAGUAUGUCGUCCAAUGUGGACUUUCACACUCUUCAUCCUUCCAGGACACUCGAGGGUCGUUUUUUUUUUUUUUUUUGCCUUAUCGCCUUGUAAGGUAGAUACUCCUUUCAAAAACCCAGAGGAUGUUUUUUCUCCGAAACAGCAAGCAGGACUUCCUGAGGGGAGAGAGGAGGGCAACGGACCAACGGGAGGUUCUAAGCAUUUGCGUUCUCAUGCUUUGCACUUUACUUGGUGGAGCAGGUUGGGGGGAGGGGGGAGCCGAAGGCCCCGUAGACCUUAGUGGGGAGAGGUAAGUGGGGACCGCUGAAGUCAACCGAGGUCUUUGCUCACAGACCCAGCCCAAAGAUGCGAUCAGCUCAGUGGCUUUUUCCCUGCAGUGCCUUUCUCAAAACUCAUGACAGGCUUUGCCCUUCGAAGCUUCCUUCGCGGCCCUUCUGCCGGGCAGGUGAAGAGGUUCUGCUUUUCAACUUGAGUGACUGGUAAACGUAGAGUAUUAACGUUGCUGUAACAUUGCUGCUAUCCGUAAUUUGUGUGUCUUGGGUGUGUGUCUGCUCGCCUGGUUUGGAAUGUCCUUUCGAACUGUAAAUGGCCGUUCGCUCUGGCUUCGUCUCUUGAGGUGGGUCGAAAAGGUGUUUUAGCGCCUCCGAAGGAGCACACUUUGUGCAAGGCUUGGUGACUGCCCUCUUCUCCUCUUUUGAGCAUGGUGGAGCUAUCGUGCCUAGCUCAAAAAACACAAGAGGCGGGUGUUAUCUGAGUGGGAUUCCCCCCCAAGCUACUGAUUUUUCAAGGAAGAGUUAUGUAGAGAAAUAUGAAGUAUUUGAAAACCAAUUUUUAAUCUGAAACUGCCGUAAAUUACGUCACGCAUAAUGUAAAGGAGGACGAAUCGUAAAUAGGAAGAUUAUUAAUCUUCCCCCCCAGUGUUGGCAUUUUAUAAUCUUAUCCUAGUUUACUAAGCAGUCUCUGCUUGCUUUCCUCAGCAUACUGCAGACAGUAAAACUGGUCCACCUAUCCUUGUUUCCUACAGUCAUGGUCCUCCCCAUCGAUUGUCUUUGCAGGGACAAGCCAACAUUGAAUUAAUUGUGCAUGUUUAGAAAAGAAAAAAAAACGUCAAUAGCAGUGGUUAAUUUUCUUAUCAUUUUGAAUGCCUUUAUGUAAAUCUGCUUCCUCCUCUUUUAAUAAAAUGCACUGAUGCAUUAUUGUAAAAUAAAUUUAAACCUGUUUAAAUAAAUGUACUUAACUGCA